UCAAUGUAUCUCUAUGAUAAAUAUGUUUAAUUUUCUUAAACUUUUUCUUUUUUUCUUUUUUUUCUAAUUUUAGAGAAAUACGCUUCCCAUUUCGUGUCUCUCACUAUCAUUGAAUUACGUUAGAGCGAGAUAGAGCGAGAUGAAAUGUGUGCAUGUGUAUACGUGUACAUAUACAGCCUGCGUUAAACUGUAAAGUGUUUGGACACAUUGGAUCUCAAUGAUGGCGAAUCUGCGUGAAUCUGCGCGAAUAAGCUCGCGGUAAUGAUAGUGAUCGUGCGCCUUAUCACGCGGUGAUCGCGAAUGACAGCGAGCUCACGAGCGAAUUCUGAAGCCACUACCCCGUCUCUUAUUCAUGACCUUUGAAUUUUCGUAAACAAACAAGAAUGGGUGUUGGCCUGAAACCGCUGGAGUUUACGGAUUGUUUAACCGACAGUCCGUACUUCCGUGAAAAUCUUCAUUAUCACGAGCGUGAAUUAGAGAAGACUAGUCAGCAGAUCAAACGACUCGUUAAGGAAGUGAAAGAUUUAUUGCAAGCUGCUAAGAAUUUGUCUAGAGCACAAAGAGCCUUUUCCAAAACAUUACAAAACUUUAGUUUUGAAUGCAUUGGUGAGAGCCAGACUGAGGACGAGAUUCAUAUAUCUCAAAGUCUAAAAGAAUUUGGCAAACUUAUUGCAUCUAUAGAAGAUGAAAGGGAUCGCAUGUUGGAACGAGCAUAUGAUCAAAUUAUAUUACCCUUGGAAAAUUUUCGCAAAAUACAUAUUGGUGGAGUUAAGGAUGGUAAAAAGAAAUUUGAGAAACAGACGAUUAAAUUUUGUCAGAGUCAAGAGCGUUACUUGAAUUUAUCCACAAAAAAGCAGGAUAAUGUUUUACAAGAGGCUGAUGCAACAUUGGAGAUGGCUGAAAGACACUUCUCUCAAGCUAGCUUAGAAUAUGUAUUUUUACUACAAGAGGUUCAAGAACGAAAAAAGUUUGAAUUUGUUGAAACGUUACUGGGAUUUAUGUUUGGAUGGCUGACAUUCUAUCAUCAAGGUCACGAAGUUGCAAAAGAUUUUAAACCUUAUAUGACAGAGCUGCAAUUAAAAAUUCAAAAGACUAGAGAGAAUUUCCUUGCUACCCGGGAUAAAACCGAAUCACUUAUGAAUAAAAUGAAGGACAUGAAAGAGUCUGCGGUAGAAACUGGUCUCAACAAAUUGCACUCGCGUGAGGGAUAUCUAUUUCUAAUGGAGAAAAAAGCAUUUGGUACAACAUGGACAAAACAAUAUUGUACAUAUCAGAAGGAUAGGAAAGAAUUCACUAUGAUUCCUUACAAUCAACUUACAGGAAAAUUUAGUAGCAAGGAAACUUUUACACUAGCGUCUUGCAUACGACGAACGUCGGAUACUAUUGAAAAAAGAUUUUGCUUUGAUAUCACUGCCAUUGAUAAACCUAAUGUAACAUAUACAUUCCAAGCGCUUUCCGAAGAGGAUAGGAAGUUAUGGAUGGAUGCUAUGGAUGGAAAGGAACCUACGUGUCCACGAUUAGGGUCUUCUGCAAGACCUGAAGAUAUGACGCUGGCUGAAACCGGUUUCACGUUUGUAUCGAAAUGUAUUGCGGCACUCGAAGAUAGAGGAUUAGAAGAGCAAGGUCUGUACAGAGUAGUCGGAGUUGCCUCUAAAGUAAACAAACUUCUAACAAUGGGUCUUGAUAAGAGGAAAAUAGACAAGCUCAACUUAAGCGAUCGUUUUGAAUGGGAGAGUAAAACUAUUACCAGCGCCCUCAAAACUUACUUGAGAACAUUGUCCGAGCCGUUAAUGACUUUUCGAUAUUACAACAGCUUCAUUACAUCUGCGAAACAGGAAAUGAAGGAAGCUCGGAUAAAUGAUAUACACAGCCUUGUUUAUCGAUUGCCUAAAGCCAAUUUCAAUAUGCUGAUUCUACUCAUUACUCAUCUUUGCACCGUAGCAAAAAAAAGUGAUAAAAAUCUGAUGACUGUGGGAAAUUUGGCAGUGUGUUUCGGCCCAACUUUAUUACGACCAGAAGAAGAAACAGUAGCAUCUAUAAUGGACAUAAAAUUUUACAAUAUUGUUGUGGAAAUAUUAAUUGAGAAUUGUGAAAGGAUAGUAGCUGGACCAUACCAAGAUUCUUUGCAACGUGCGGUAGCGGCGCAAUCUAUACUGCAAACCACUGUUAUACCAAGUAAAUCUCAAUGUGUUGAAGUGGAAGAAGGUCCAACUUCCUCGGGCAAUGGAACAGCAUUUUUAAGAUACCCAUUACACACGGCAGUGACAGUUACACCCGCAUCGUCGCAUGCUCAGCUCGUCACAAGAUCUUACUAUGAUGGCCAACCUUUGACUGUUGUUAAUAAAUCACCCUCUGUCGAUGAGAGAAAUAACGGGGAUUACGAAGAUCUCGACAGCAUGAGUCAUCGAAUACCGUCGUAUUUGGAUGCCCGCGGCGGUAACACUAGCGGCAGUGGCAAUCGCAUAAAAUUGACCGCAAAUCUUAUGUAUCAUUCAGCCGACAAAGUUCUAAGUGGUGGCAAUACGAGUAGUUCAAGCGAGUCGAUCGCCUCGGAUCCACAUCCUUUUACGGGCGAAUUACCGCUAAAACAAAAACGUGGCACUAUGAUAUCUGUGCACUAUCCUACAGCUUAUCCUCAGCGUAGCAAUUCGUCAUCGAUAUGUCCCAUCAAUACUUCACCCAGUAGUGGACGUUCGAGUCCUGGUCAAAUUCCAGGAAUUUGGAGAGUACGAACUUUAUACGCGUGCUUGGCGGAAAACGAUGGCGAAUUAUCAUUUGAACCAAAUCAAAUUAUCACAAACGUUAAGGCCUCUGUGGAGCCAGGUUGGCUGGAAGGUACAUUAAACGGUAAAACGGGUUUAGUGCCGAAGAAUUAUGUGGAGCAGCUGCCCUAAGUACUGUGAGAAAAA